AAAAGUGAGGAAGGAGGAGCCCAGAGGUACCCGGACCACAAGGGCGGGCCCUGCACUGCAGCAGCGAGCCUCGGGCGGGCGCCUGCAAUGACGCCAUCUCCACGUGACAGCGCGCUGACCAGCCGCGUUCUCCACGUCUCAGGUUUUGCAAAGACUCAUGGGAGCAACCCGGACGAAGGUGUGUCGAGAUGGCGGAAGCCGAGGAAUCGCCUGGAGAACAUGAGACAGCGGCGCCUAAGCCUUUGUUCGCGGGCCUUUCUGAUAUAUCAAUUUCACAAGACAUUCCAGUGGAAGGCGAGAUCACUAUUCCCAUGAAAGCUCGUGCUCGAGAACUUGACAACUCCACACUAAAUGAGUCCGUUCGCCAUACCAUCAUGCGUGAUCUAAAAGCUGUGGGAAAGAAAUUUAUGCACGUUUUAUAUCCAAGGAAAAGUAAUGCUCUGUUAAGAGACUGGGAUUUGUGGGGCCCAUUAAUACUGUGCGUGACACUUGCAUUAAUGCUACAAAAGGGUUCUGUGGAUGGAGAAAAAGAUGGAGGACCACAAUUUGCAGAAGUUUUUGUUGUUGUCUGGUUUGGAGCAGUCACAAUUACACUCAAUUCAAAACUUCUUGGCGGAAACAUUUCUUUCUUUCAGAGCCUAUGUGUGCUGGGAUACUGCGUACUUCCUUUGACUGUUGCAAUGCUGAUUUGCCGGCUGGUGCUUUUGGCAGGGCAGGGCCCAAUAAAUUUUAUGAUUCGGCUUUUUGUGGUAGUGGUAAUGUUUGCUUGGUCUGUGAUUGCAUCUACAGCUUUUCUUGCUGACAGCCAGCCACCCAAUCGGAAAGCUCUCGCUGUGUAUCCAGUCUUCUUAUUCUAUUUCGUGAUCAGUUGGAUGAUACUCACGUUCACUCCAUAGUGGAUCUGGAUACAGACAUUGAAAACCAGUGAACUGAAGGCUCACCCGAAAGAACAGUUUACCACGACCAACUUCCCCACUCUCUUAUUCAAUUCUCGAGGUAUUAAAAGGGAGCCACGUAGUACUGUUGUCAUUUAUAUAAGGAACUGAUAUUUGCAAGGCUGUCCUUUUCCUCUUAAUGCUUUUUCUUUCAAAUACAUGUGCAUACCACACAUAGCAAAAUGCCUCCUUAAGGCAUGAUGAAGUUACUAUGAUCCAUUAGGGUGACAACCAGUGACCCGAAGAGCAAGUGGAUCCACUCUGCAAAUUAAAAAGGGUUUAGUGACUAUCUUCAGCUUGGAGAAUAUUUGUUCAGGUGCAACUCUUAAACACAUUGCCUUAUGACUAUUAGAAUAUGCCUCUUUUCAUAAAUAGUAAUAGUCUGUAUCCAUUUUCUUUCUCUUUUCUCCCCCAAACUUAAGAGGGCAAAGAUAGAGGUUAGGUAGGAGAUUUAUAGAUGUGGGAGGAGAAAAUAUGUAUUAAUAUUUUCAGAUUUUGAUCAGAGGUAGUGCUAUACUUGGUUUGUUUGUUUUUAAGCAAAAGACAUUUAAGAAUGAGCUUUUAAAAAGUAUUUUUGUAUAGUUACUUUUUUGUCACGUGUAACAGUACCUCGGUUAAGACUAGUUUUUAAUCUUUCUUCCAUAUCCUGAAUAUACAGUGCUAGCAGUCAUACAUGCAACUUUCCUUCCAAGUUCUCAGUGGUUCAAUGUUUGGGCUUUUCUAAGUAGA